GAAAAAACAAACCCCUAAAAGACUCGAAACAUAAACACGCUCGAGUUCUCGUCUCCUAGCUGCACUUAUCCGCCGAAGAGAGUCGGUCGGCAUUUUCAUCCGGCUCCGUGCGCUAUCUUAUCACCGUUCGCCUCCACGUUAUCGGAUGUAGCGGUACCUUCACCGAGGGCUGUGCAAUGCAUUCAGGCACACGCAAUGCAGGUUCUAGCGAGUGAAAGAGUAGUGAAACGAGCGGGCGUGUGCAAAAACAAUGAGUUAAAAUCAAAACGAAAGUAGGUGCGGUUGUUCCUCUCUGACACGUUGCAGGCGCCCCCUUCUCCUGCGGUCGGAUCAGCAUAGACACCGCAGCAACAACAACAUGGCCGAUGCUGACAGGGACCCUCCUUUGCACAGAGUUCGUCACCACGCGUGCGGCGUCAACUGGCGACCGACGCGAUUCGUCGACGACGUGCCGUACUACCACACCUGCGGUCUGUGCAAGGUGAUACCGAAGGGGACGGUGUUGCUGCCCUGUUCACACGUGCUGUGCCAGUCGUGUCACAAGGGCAGCGUUGAGGAAGACGGUGGGGACAGUGGCGUGUGUCCGUUGGAUCAGGAACCGUUCCAAGUGAGCGAGUGCGCCCGGAUUAAGUUGUCCGCGACGAAGGCGAACAGCCUCAAAGCGUACUGCUGGAACCAGGAGCACGGCUGUGAGUACGUGGGUACUCUGCAAGACGUUCUCGCACACUGCGAAGAGGAGUGCGCCUUCCAUGCCGUGUCCUGCCCGCGUUGCAAAGAGAACGUUCUACACGCCGAUCUGCCGGCACACUACAUGGCCGGUUGUGGUGGGGGAGACAGCGAGUCGUCGACCGAAACCCAGGAGUCUUCAGAACAGGACUGUGAAUUCAACUCCCGCGACGAAGGCUUUAGUCUAGAAGAUGUCAAGGCGUUUCUGAUGGAGCUUGAGGUACUCGACACUGAUUAGCCGGAACAAAAUUGAGAGCCUACUGACUCGACCGAAACGAUAUGAGAAUUCUUGAGAGAACGACCUCUGUUCUUUUCCCCUUAUGUGAUAAAAUCGUGAUGAAUCGGGAACAUUUCGUGGAGUAUUUAUUCUUUUUCGAUGUUGCCUGACGUUUACAAGCGUAAUGAGUGGCCGUGAUAUUUGUUACAAUAAUGCAGGGCCUAAGACUGUUCGACACAACGACACACCUUAGUUUAUGUUUUUCUGCAUAUUCGUUGGCCAAUCAGCACUGAUCAUCACAGGAAGAUGGAGGCUUCAAGCAAUGAACAAUGAUUGAGACGGACUUCUCUCCUUCAGCAACAUGCCAUCUUCGACCACUGUUGAUGAGAUUUUGUGUUGCUUUGUUUCCAUUUGUUAUUGUUUUUCAAUCUUUGCGCUGCCUCUGACUCGUCGACUGAAGGGCGUGAAUUGAUACAGUGAAAAUAAAGAUUUCCAUACUUUU